GUUGAAGUUAGCGGCAACGUGAAAUUAUUUGGAGUUGACGAUCGUAUAUAAAACACGGUUGUACCCGUUUUAACGUGUGACGGAAUACGACAUCGAGCAGGCAUAUUAAUCGACAGUUUGAUGAGCACAGAGCAGAUGAAAACUGGACAGUUCUCACUAACCAAAUACAUAGCGUAAUAAGACACGGCACACUGAAUAUCUGGUAUUACUAACGAAUCUUCCAGUGAAAAGAGCGAGGAAACUAGUUGACAUGUCCACCACCAACAGCUGAUUCUGGUUUUAAGAACGAUAAAACACGUCCACCGCCAACAGCUGAACCUGGUUUUAAGAACGAUAAAACACGUCCACUCCAAACAGCUGAACCUGGUUUUAAGAGCGAUAGAACACGUCCACCGCCAAAAGCUGAACCUGGUUUUAAGAACGAUAGAACACGUCCACCGCCAACAGUUGAUUCUGGUUUUAAGAAUGAUAAAACACGUCCACCGCCAACAGCUGAACCUGGUUUUAUGAAAAAUAGAACACGUCCACCGCCAACAGCUGAACCUGGUUUUAAGGGCGAUAAAAGACGUCCACCGCCAACAGCUGAACCUGGUUUUAAUAACGAUAAAACACGUCCACUGACAACAGCUGAACCUGGUUUUAAGAGCGAUAAAACACGUCCAUCACCAACAGCUGAACCUGGUUUUAAGAGCGAUAAAACACGUCCACCGCCAACAGCUGAACCUAGUUUUAAGAGCGAUAAAACACGUCCAUCCCAAACAGCUAAACCUGGUUUUAUGAACGAUAGAACACGUCAACCGCCAACAGAUGAACCUGGUUUUAAGAACGAUAGAACACAUCCACUGCCAACAGCUGAACCUGGUUUUAUGAACGAUAGAACACAUCCACCGCCAUCAGCUGAACCUGGUUUUAUGAAUGAUAGAACACGUCCACCGCCAACAGCUGAACCUGGUUUUAAGAACGAUAGAACACGUCCACCGCCAACAGCUGAACCUGGUUUUAAGAAUGAUAAAAGACGUCCACCGCCAACAGCAGAACCUGGUUUUCAGGGCGAUAGAACACGUCCACCGCCAACAGCUGAACCUGGUUUUAUGAAUGAUAGAACACGUCCAUCGCCAACAGCUGAACCUGGGUUUAAGUAUAAUAAAACACGUCCACCAGCAACAGCUGAACCUGGGUUUAAGUACGAUAAAACACGUCCACCGCCAACAGCUGAACCUGGGUUUAAGAACGAUAAAACACGUCCACGGCCAACAGCUGAACCUGGGUUUAAGAACGAUAAAACACGUCCACGGCCAACAGCUGAACCUGGGUUUAAGAGCGAUAAAACACGUCCAGCACCAACAGCUGAACCUGGGUUUAAGAACGAUAAAACACGUCCACGGCCAACAGCUGAACCUGGGUUUAAGAGCGAUAAAACACGUCCACCGCCAACAGCUGAACCUGGCUUUAAGACCGAUAAAACACGUCCACCGCCAACAGCUGAACCUGGGUUUAAGACCGAUAAAACACGUCCACCGCCAACAGGUGAACCUGGUUUUAAGAGCGAUGAAACACGUCCACCGCCAACAGCUGAACCUGGUUUUAAGAGCGAUAAAACACGUCCACCGCUAGCAGCUGAACCUGGUUUUAAUAACGAUCAAACACGUCCACCGCCAACAGAUGAACCUGGUUUUAAGAGCGAUAAAACAUGUCCACCGCCAACAGCUGAACCUGGUUUUAAUAACGAUAAAACACGUUCACCGCCAACAGCUGAACCUGGUUUUAAUAACGAUAAAACACGUCCACCGCCAACAGCUGAACCUGGUUUUAAUAACGAUAAAACACGUCCACCGCCAACAGCUGAACCUGGUUUUAAUAACGAUAAAACACGUUCACCGCCAACAGCUGAAGAGAAGACAUCCGCACCAGGAUCUGGAGCUAGGAGAAAAACAUACUCACGUACACGAGCUGUAUCUACGCCUGUGCAUGUAAACACACCAUCGACUGACAGUAUCCACGCACUGGAUUCACGGAAACCACGAACAGAGCCUAGUAUAAGUGUAGCGAAAUUACUGUCGUCUGAUGUAGACGAGAGACGAUGUAAAACACAUAUUGGAGCGAUUCGUACACCUGCCCCACACAGGCCGCUGUCCAGGGCGUCCCCACCCAAAGUUGAACCUUUUAAUGUGGAUGAGACAAAAACCCUCGAUGAGUUCGUUGAAGAGAUGUGUGAGUUGAGUAUUGUUACAUGUGUUCUCAAUACGGAUGCAGAACUGAACAAAUUCUUUAGGGAAGAAGUUCAACUCCGACGAGAUGACAUAUAUACAGCCACCGAUUCCAUUAAGAAAUUUAAGGAUAGUAUCCUUGUCGAGAUGAACAGAAAUACGAAUACCAGUUUCCAAUGGGAAUUCUUCAACAGCGGGUCAUAUUUCGAUGGGACAAAGGUCGCUGCUGCCGACGAGGCUGACUGCAUGCUGCUUCCCAAAAUGACCAAAGUGACCAAAGUAGAGGCCGUGUAUGUUGGCGCACCUGCCCCUUUUUGUUUCAUCAAGGUAUCCAGCUCGUCUCCGCUCAGACAACUCGAUAUCUUCGACGGAGAAUACAUUAGUUCUGCCAAGUAUCGCAAAUUUGUUUAUGAUCAUUUGGAUGUCAUAAUGGAAGGACCAGAGUGCAGAAAAUGGAAAACCUCUGCUCUAAAUGAUUUCGAGACGCGCUUUGAACUGCUGGCCAGGGCAACACAUCCACAUGGUGCAUCCAGUGGCCUGCAAACGAUUGUUCAGUUUCUGUAUAGUGAAUCUGGUUACACCAAAACGUCUGGCCACGUCACUGAAUCUGCGCCCAGCAUCAGGCAUCCCAACUGCUCUCUGACAUUCAUUUUCUGA